GCUUACUAGCUUUUGUCACAAACUCAGGUAUCGGCAGUAUAGUUUGUACCGCCGAGUAAAAGGGAGAAGUAAGUUGUCUGUGUGUGGUACGUCGGGCUCGGGACGGACCUGACCAUUACGGCUACUGGCACUCGUGUGCGUCAAGUAGUUACAACUUGCUGCUGUAAAGUAAUCGCAGCAGAGAGGCAGUGCCAGUGGCAUCUCGAGGUCGACGGGGAGUAGGGUCGUACCCGGGGCAAGUCGAGCGGCAUGUCGAAGGUUAUUCGCUUUUUCUUUUUCCCCACGGCGCCGGUGUUCCGCGAGCUGCAGAAGUGGUCCAGGAGUUGCGUCGAUGUUGUCGGCACAGCGCAGGCGUACACCCUUACAACGAAGCGGCGAGAAAAAUUGCGAACGGUUCUGCCCGCGCGCCGCGCUCGGAACAGAGUUUUGAUGACGAUGGACAGGCAGCGCCGCCCGGCUCGGGAGACAAAGGCUGAGGGGCGACGAGCACGAGUUCAUCAUCGACGAGCCGAUACCAUUGUCAAGAAUUCCCCGCCCUUGAAAAGACACCACGCUAGCAGUUCGUUCGUGGACGCGCGGAAAAAUCAUCAGGGCGACGAUAGUCAAGGACAACAAGGAGGUGGAUGGAGUACGGCGGCAGAAGUGUUGAACCAUGUGGAGGCGGCGCUGCGAAAUCUAGAAGCGAAGGUGCAGGAGAUCGCGACCGUUUGUAAGAAGGACACGGCGAGCCACGCGUUACUGGAUGUGUCCGGUAAUAUGGCCCAUCUGGGGGUGUGCACGGACGACAGCCAGUGCUUGCAGCGGGACGGCCCCGGGGCGCUUACUAAAGUCGAUUAUACACGCGUUGGAGCGGCUGUCGGCGAGACGGGGAGCGGUGCGCAGCAAACAGCCGAUGUGGACGUAGAGCUGUGCAUUCGCAACGGCGUUGCCCAGUUAUUUCUCAACCAAACCGGGUCGCACCUGCGGGCGGAACCGCCGGUCGUCACCGACCCGGCCAGCGGGGAGGGGUACUACGAGCGAACGGAGGGCUUUGCUACGUUCGUUGUCGAGAGAGUCCCGGGAACAAGCGAUAUCUCGGUUCAAAAGCAGGCCGCAGACCGGCGGAUCAUCGUGCAGUGGCCGCAUCAACACAGUCGCGCCGAG